ACAAAAUAAAGAAAAUAAGAGCUCGCUAACACACAGGAAACCCAAAAAAUAACCCCAACGAAUCAUCAUCCUCUGAAUUAAACUUGCUCGCGCAUGGGAAUCGAUUGAUCAGCCAGAUCUGCGACUGUGUUCGAUAGGGUAUCUACUAUUAUCCGAUAGGCUGCCUUUAUCUCUGGUAACAUCAAAGUCAUCAGUUUGCCCCAGCCAUGGCUGCACCAUUUUUCUCAACGCCUUUUCAGCCUUAUGUUUAUCAGAGCCUGCAAGAUGCAAUUAUACCUUUUCAGAUUUUAGGGGGUGAAGCUCAAGUGGUUCAGAUAAUGUUGAAGCCACAAGAAAAAAUCAUUGCAAAGCCUGAAUUCACUUUGUAUUUUCUUUUGUAGUUUUACUUUUCUCUUCUUUUAACAUAUAGAUACAGGAAAGGGGUGGGGGAUUCAGAGCCUUGGAUUCCUCGGCUGAUACCGGAUUUCUUGUUGGCAGUGUCAAUUAAAAAAAAGCAUCCUAGUAAUGUUAUUAUGUCUAUCACAAAAAUAGGGUUUAUUUGAUAUAUUAGUCGACUAAUCGAUUUGAACAACUUUGCGGUUAUGAUA